AUGGCGGCGCCGGGAGCCGACCUCUUGGAGCCAACAGACACCGGGCGGAGCCUCCGGCCGCCGCUGCCGCUGUUGCUGCUACUAAUCCUGCAGGUGGUCGGGCCAGAGGGCGCCCUGGCGGAGACCCUGCUGGGCGCUCCGAAGGCCAUGGGCACCAGCUCCAGCCCACCCAGCCCCGCGAGCGUGGUGGCUCCCGGUACGACACCGUUCGAGGAAAGCCGGCUGCCGGUGUUCACCCUGGAUUACCCCCACGUGCAGAUCCCCUUUGAGAUCACCCUGUGGAUCUUGCUGGCCUCCCUGGCCAAGAUUGGUUUCCAUCUCUAUCACAAGUUGCCCACAAUAGUGCCUGAAAGCUGCCUUCUUAUAAUGGUUGGACUUCUACUAGGUGGGAUUAUUUUUGGAGUAGAGGAAAAAUCUCCGCCUGCGAUGAAGACUGAUGUAUUUUUCUUGUAUCUCCUUCCGCCCAUUGUACUUGAUGCGGGCUAUUUCAUGCCAACUCGCCCUUUCUUUGAGAACAUUGGCACCAUUUUCUGGUAUGCUGUGGUAGGGACACUUUGGAAUUCCAUUGGCAUUGGAGUAUCUUUGUUUGGUAUCUGCCAGAUUGAAGCAUUUGGCUUGAGUGACAUCACUUUGCUCCAGAAUCUGCUCUUCGGCAGCUUAAUCUCAGCUGUAGACCCCGUGGCUGUGCUUGCUGUCUUCGAGAAUAUUCAUGUCAAUGAGCAACUGUACAUCCUGGUGUUUGGCGAGUCAUUGCUGAAUGAUGCAGUAACAGUGGUCCUGUACAAUUUGUUCAAGUCCUUUUGCCAGAUGAAAACCAUUGAGACCAUUGAUGUGUUCGCUGGAAUUGCUAAUUUCUUUGUUGUGGGAAUUGGUGGGGUGUUAAUUGGCAUCUUCCUGGGAUUCAUAGCAGCAUUUACCACUCGGUUCACACAUAACAUCCGAGUGAUUGAGCCACUCUUUGUCUUCCUGUACAGUUAUUUGUCCUAUAUAACAGCUGAAAUGUUUCACCUCUCAGGCAUCAUGGCAAUCACAGCUUGUGCAAUGACUAUGAAUAAGUAUGUGGAAGAAAAUGUAUCUCAGAAAUCCUACACGACCAUCAAGUAUUUCAUGAAGAUGCUGAGCAGUGUCAGCGAGACCCUGAUCUUCAUCUUCAUGGGCGUGUCCACCGUUGGAAAAAACCAUGAGUGGAACUGGGCCUUUGUCUGUUUCACCCUGGCCUUCUGUCUGAUCUGGCGAGCCCUGGGUGUCUUUGUCCUGACUCAGGUCAUUAACUGGUUCCGGACAAUUCCCCUGACCUUUAAGGAUCAGUUCAUCAUUGCUUAUGGAGGACUUCGAGGUGCUAUCUGUUUUGCGUUAGUGUUUCUCCUUCCUGCUGCUGUAUUUCCCCGGAAAAAGCUGUUUAUUACAGCUGCAAUUGUGGUCAUAUUUUUCACUGUCUUCAUCCUGGGAAUAACUAUCCGACCACUCGUGGAGUUUCUUGAUGUUAAGAGGUCAAAUAAGAAACAGCAAGCUGUCAGUGAAGAAAUUCACUGCCGGUUUUUUGAUCAUGUGAAGACUGGGAUUGAAGAUGUGUGUGGACAUUGGGGUCACAACUUUUGGAGAGACAAUGACUGUCGUGAAGAAAAAAUAAGAAAGCUCACACCUGGUGAAAUGGAUGAAAUUAGAGAAAUAUUAUCAAGAAAUCUCUAUCAAAUCCGUCAGCGAACUUUGUCAUACAACAGACACAAUCUGACUGCCGACACGAGUGAGAGGCAAGCCAAAGAGAUUCUGAUCCGCCGACGGCACAGUCUGAGAGAAAGCAUUAGGAAAGACAGCAGCUUAAAUCGGGAUCGCAGGGCUUCUACAUCAACCUCCCGAUAUUUAUCAUUACCUAAAAAUACAAAGCUUCCAGAAAAGCUACAAAAGAAAAAGAAUUUAUCUAAUGCAGAUGGCAACAGCAGUGACUCAGACACAGGUACUGGGACCACCGUCCUCAACUUGCAGCCCCGAGCAAGGCGCUUUUUGCCAGAACAGUUCUCAAAGAAAGCCCAGCAGGCCUACAAAAUGGAAUAUAAGAACGAAGUAGAAGGAGAUUCCAGUAGAGGGCAGCCCUGCAACACUUCAGUUCCCCACAGCAAAGAGGGAGGCACCCAGACCCCAGGUGUACUAAGGCAGCCCCUUCUCUCCAAAGGCCAGAUUCCGAUGGGCCCAGAGACGGAAGAAAGUUUGACUGAAGGCAUCCGACCUAAGCCACCACCAAGGCUGGUCCGGAGAGCAUCAGAACCUGGAAAUCGGAAAGCCAGAUUUGGAAGUGAUAAGCCUUAA